AUGGAUACAGUGGUGAUCCUGGUGCUUGGUCUCUCCUGUCUGCUUCUGUUCUCACUCUGGAGACAGAGCUCUGGAAGAGGCAAGCUGCCACCUGGCCCCACUCCUCUCCCAAUUAUUGGAAAUAUUCUGCAGAUAAAUAUUAAGGACAUCAGCAAAUCCUUUAACAAUUUCUCAAAAGUCUAUGGCCCCGUGUUUACUCUCUAUUUUGGUAUGAAGCCCACUGUGGUGUUGCAUGGUUAUAAAGCAGUGAAGGAAGCUCUGAUUGAUCACGGGGAGGAGUUUUCUGGAAGAGGAAGCUUCCCAGUGGCUGAAAGAGUGAAUAACGGUCUUGGAGUUAUUUUCAGCAAUGGAAAGAGCUGGAAGGAGAUGCGACGCUUCUCUAUCAUGACCUUGCGCAAUUUUGGCAUGGGGAAGAGAAGCAUUGAGGACUGUGUUCAAGAGGAAGCCCGGUGCCUUGUGGAGGAGUUGAGGAAAACCAAUGGCUCACCCUGUGAUCCCACCUUUAUCCUGGGCUGUGCUCCCUGCAAUGUGAUCUGCUCCAUUAUUUUCCAUAAGCGUUUUGAUUAUAAUGACCAGAAUUUUCUCAACUUGAUGGAAAAAUUAAAUGAAAACUUCAGACUCUUGAGCACUCCAUGGAUCCAGGUCUGCCAUGCUUUCCCUGUUAUCAUCAAAUAUUUACCAGGGACGCAUAACACAAUACUUAAAAAUUUUGCCUGUAUAAAAAGUUAUGUUUUGGAGAAAGUAAAAGAGCACCAAGAAUCCCUGGACACCAGUAAUCCUCGGGACUUCAUUGAUAGCUUCCUGAUCAAAAUGGAACAGGAAAAGCACAAUGGGCAGUCUGAGUUCACUAUGGAGAGCUUGCUGGCUACAGUAACUGACACAUUUGCAGCUGGCACGGAAACCACCAGCACCACCCUGCGCUACGGGCUCCUGCUCCUGCUGAAGCGCCCGCAUGUCACAGCUAAAGUCCAGGAAGAGAUCAGCCGUGUAGUUGGCAGAGACCGGAGUCCCUGCAUGCAGGACAGGAGUCACAUGCCCUACACAGAUGCCGUAGUACAUGAGAUUCAGAGGUACAUUGACCUUAUUCCCAUGAACCUGCCCCAUUCAGUGACCUGUGAUACUAAAUUCAGAAACUACGUCAUCCCCAAGGGUACCACUGUAGUAACAUCUCUGUCUUCUGUGCUGCACAAUGACAAAGAAUUCCCAAACCCAGAGGAGUUUGACCCUGGCCACUUUUUGGACAAGAGUGGCAACUUUAAGAAAAGUGACUACUUUUUGCCUUUCUCAGCAGGAAAGCGGAUGUGUGCAGGAGAGGGCCUGGCUCGUGUGGAGUUGUUUUUGUUCCUCACCACCAUUUUACAGAAUUUUAGCCUGAAGCCUGUUAUUGGUACAGAGAACAUUGACAUCACCCCAAUUUUCAAUGGGUUUGGCCAUGUGCCACCUCUGUACCAGGUUCGCUUCAUUCCUGUGUGAAAGGCAGAAUGCCUAUCUUGUCACCUGCGACUGUUUCUCCAUGAGGACACUGUCCACCUCCUUCCUUGUAUUAUGAGUGCUUUCUCUCAUGUGUCCCCAUUCUCUCAAUAUCCACUGAUUAUCCAGUGCACAUUAGGAUGGUUCU